UCGCGGGAAACAAGCUUUGUGUAUCCCUCGCCUGAAAGAAGUACUGACAAAUAGCCAUGGAUGUCGCUGAUCAGGUUGUUAGGACUAACCAAGUAAAAGAUCAAGUUGGAGAGAGAUGUCAAAAGUUAUUUCAGGACUUUUUAGAAGAGUUUGCUGUUGAUGGUGAGGCAAAGUACCUGCCUGAAGUACAAGAACUGAUCCGCCCUGAGCGCAACACACUCACUGUCAACUUCGAGGAUGUGGAGCGGUACAACCAACAGCUGGCGACCACCGUUCUGGAGGAGUACUACAGGGUGUAUCCAUACUUGUGCCGGGCCCUCAAGAACUAUGCCAAGGACUGGGGCCAGAUCCCCCCUGCCAAGGAAUUCUAUGUCAGCUUCACGGACGUCCCCACACGACUCAAAAUUACGGAGAUGACGGCGCCAAGAUCAGGAACUAUGCUAGCAAUUAUCACAGGUCAAGUCGUCCAACCCCACCCUGUCCACCCAGAGCUAGUGUCUGGCACAUUCAUGUGUCUGGACUGUCGGACUGUCAUGAAGGACGUAGAGCAACAGUUUAAAUACACUCAGCCAACCAUCUGCCGGAAUCCAGUGUGCAACAACCGAACCCGUUUCAUGCUGGAUGUCAACAAAUCGCGCUUCGUAGACUUCCAGAAAGUCAGGAUUCAGGAGACACAGGCGGAACUCCCAAGAGGAAGCAUUCCUAGAAGUGUGGAGGUAGUGUUGAGAGCUGAGUCUGUGGAGUCCGCACAGGCUGGUGACCGCUGUGACUUCACCGGCACACUGAUCGUCAUCCCAGACGUUGGCAGCAUGUCUGUUCCAGGUGCACGUUCAGAGACAUCAUCACGUCUGCGAGGUAAUGACGGCUAUGAGACAGAGGGUGUGCGUGGCCUGAAGGCCCUCGGGGUGCGUGACCUCACGUACAGACUCUCCUUCCUGGCCUGCACAGUCACACAGAGCAAUCCCAGGUUUGGUGGCCGAAACAUGGGGGAUGAAGAAAUGACGGCUGAGACCAUAAAGAAGCAGAUGACUGAUGAGGAAUGGCAGAAGGUGUACGAGAUGAGUCAAGAUAAAGCUCUCUACCAGAACCUCUGCUCGAGUCUUUUCCCAACCAUACAUGGGAAUGACGAGAUAAAGCGAGGCAUUCUGCUCAUGCUGUUUGGAGGGGUUCCCAAGGUGACAACCGAGGGCACGAACCUCCGUGGGGACAUCAACAUCUGUGUUGUGGGUGACCCUAGUACGGCUAAGAGUCAGUUUCUGAAACAAGUGGAAGAUUUCAGUCCCCGGGCUGUGUACACCAGCGGGAAAGCCAGUAGUGCCGCUGGUCUCACGGCGGCAGUUGUCAAGGAUGAAGAGUCACAUGAGUUUGUCAUCGAAGCUGGCGCCCUGAUGCUGGCAGACAAUGGCGUGUGCUGCAUUGAUGAGUUUGACAAGAUGGACCCGAAGGAUCAGGUGGCCAUUCACGAGGCCAUGGAACAACAGACCAUCUCCAUCACCAAGGCUGGAGUCCGAGCGACACUCAAUGCACGGACAUCGAUCUUAGCAGCGGCUAAUCCCAUCGGUGGCCGCUAUGACCGGACAAAGUCGCUGAAGCAGAACAUCACCCUCACAGCCCCAAUCAUGUCCAGAUUCGAUCUCUUCUUCGUCCUCGUUGAUGAGUGCAAUGAGGUUGUGGACUACGCCAUCGCCCGUCGGAUCGUUGACCUGCACAGUCACCUGGAGGAGUCCGUGGAGAGGGUCUACACCGUGGAGGAGAUCACACGAUACCUUACGUUCGCCAGACAGUUCAAACCCAAGAUUAACAAGGAGUCCCAGGAAUACAUGAUAGAGGAGUACAAGCGACUGCGACAGCGUGACGGCACAGGGGCGGCCAAGUCGGCAUGGAGGAUCACGGUCCGACAGCUGGAGAGUAUGAUCCGACUGUCGGAGGGGAUGGCUAGGAUGCAUUGCCAAGACGAGGUGCAGCCCAAGCACGUGAAGGAAGCAUUCCGGCUGCUGAACAAGUCCAUCAUCCGGGUCGAGCAGCCCGACAUACACCUGGAGGAGGAACAAGCAGAGCAGGACAUGGAGGUUGAAGAAGAGUCUCAGCCUGUCAGUGAGGAGUCUGCAACGCCAGUGGAGCCUGUGGUGGUCCAGAAGAAGGGACUGAAGCUGACAUACGAGGAGUACAAGCAGAUGGCCAACCUCAUGGUGCUACAGAUGAAACGCAAGGAGGAAGAGGAAGGGGCCACAGGAGGGGAGGAGACUGUUGGUCUCAGGAAGAGCGAGUUAAUCAGCUGGUAUCUGGCAGAGAUGGAGGAAGAGAUUGACUCGGAAGCUGAACUGAUGGAGAAGAAAACUAUUGCAGAGAAAGUUUUAGACAGACUUGUGCAUCAUGAUCAUGUUCUGAUUGAGCUGACACAGACUGGAAUGAAGCCUAAGUCAAAGCACGACACACAGGCCCUGAUCAGAGAGGAGGAUCCCAUCCUGGUGGUGCAUCCUAAUUAUGUGGCAGACGUGUAAGUGACCAUGGAUGGUAUACAGUGACUGACCGUGCAGCCGUUCUGAGCGUUGAGUAUCACAGUGGUUGAAAUAGAUGCAGACAAUGCUGACUUGAGAAACUUCCUUCCUGGGAUUGGAGGGAUAACUUGACUUUGUAGAUAUGUUAUAUAAUGUACAGGCAUGAUUGUGAGAGCUGUGUGUCAACCAAGUGGCCCUGACAUUGAGGGUAGUGCCCUGACAUUGAGGGUAGUUAGAGGAUGUGAAGACUACAGAAACAGCGCCAACUUCUCUGUCAAGAUACCAUGGUUUGAUAAUGAAGACUUUGUAUAUAUCUGACUCAUUUUCACACAGAUCAUUUGCAAUAAACUAUGGUCAUCCCA